AUGAACGGUGAUACUGAUGCCCGUUUCAUGAUUGAGGUCACCGCCCCUCCGUCCUCUAAAGGCAGCACCAAUGUGAAGGUCUCUGCCCUGGGUCAGGACUUCCAGAAGGAAGUGGAUCCCGGCAAAAGCGUGUCCUUUGCACUGCCUAAGGAAGUGGAGAUGAAGGGCAGCAGACGGUUUGAUAAGACCGUGGUCGUGGAGGCAAGCCAGGACGUCACUGUGGUCUCCUUGAACUAUAAGCAAGACACGGCAGAUAUAUCAGUGGUGUAUCCGCUACGGGAAUGGGGCACCGAUUACUACGUAUUCACUCCUCCAAGCUUUAACUGGGGCACCUACAAAGAGUUCUCCAUCACCAACCACAAGGACCACAACUUGGUAGAGGUUCGUCUCAGGGGGGGCGCAAAGUUCCAAGGGAAGCACUACCGGGCGGGCAGCAAGAUCUCCCUCCAGCUCGAGCCCUUCGAGAGUGUUCAGAUUCAGAGCGAGUGGGAUCUGAGCGGCGCUAAGGUGGUCUCCAGGCUGCCGGUGGCUGUAUCAUCUGGACACAGCUGUGCUGAGAGGUACACAGCUUGCAAUCACGUCUACGAGCAACUCCUCCCCACAAGGAGCUGGGGAAAGGAAUUCAUCAUUGCGCCCCUACCAUACCAUGAUAACCAGAAGAGGCAUGACAGUGUAUACGUCCAAGCGUCCCAGGCCACUAAAGUCACUAGGAAUAUAGCAGGCAAUGUGCAGGGCUUUUCUAUGUCUGCAGGAGAGACAACUGAGCUCUGCUCUCAAUGGCCAAAUUCGAUAUAUUUGACGGCUGACAAGGGCAUCCAGGUUUUGUUUGAGUUCAAUGGCGGUCCGAAAGAUUCGCAAAAGUAUUUCGAUCCAUUCCUCAUGUCCAUCCUGCCCACGACUCAGUUCAGCAAAUCCUAUUCCCUGGAAGGCCAGCAAGACUUUUCCAACUCAGUCAUUCUGGUGGCAAAGAAUGGUGAUUUGAAAGACGUGCAACUAGACAAGAAUGUCCUACCAGCUAGCAUGGACUGGCUUUUGGUGUUGCCGUUGCUAACGGCUACGGGUCCCCAGCAACUGGUUAUGAAGCAGGAAGGUACAUGCUGGGCCAUGGGCGACCCUCAUUACCGGACGUUUGACGGCCACUACUUCAACUUCAUGGGAAAUUGCACCUACACCAUGGCCAAGAACUGUGACAUCGACUCAAGCCACCCAGCGUUUGAGGUGGACGCUCAGAAUGAGAACCGGGCUGGAUCAAAGAUCACAUACGUUGGCAAGGUUACAAUCAAGGUGUACGAUUACACCAUUAUUAUCUUGCGCUCAGAAUUCGGCCUUGUUCGGAUGAACUACACAUUAUGGAACCUCCCCAUCUACUUGGACAACGGCAAGGUGAAGCUGUCUCAGAGUGGUAUGUCCGUUGUUUUGGAGACAGACUUUGGCCUGGUGGUGCAGUACGACUGGCAGCAGCAUCUCGUCAUUAGCAUUGCAGGUGACUUUGCCGGCAAGGUGUGUGGCCUGUGUGGGAACUUCAACAGCAAGAUGGACGACGACCAACUCACCCCCUCAGGAAAGUUGGCCGGCAGCGAGCAGGCACUGGGCAAGAGCUGGCGGGUCCCUGGCUUGGCCGAAGAUGCAUACUGUCACGAUGAAUGCGUCGGUCACUGCGAGCACUGCAAAGGCAGCCUGUUUGAGAGUCUGACAGACCGGCUGUUCUGCGGUUUACUCUCCGAAAUCAUGGAUGGACCACUGAGCGAAUGCAGCGCUGUCAUUGAGCCCAAAAUGUACCAUGAGAACUGCCUGUAUGACGUGUGCAUGGGUGAAGGCAAAUGGAACUUCUUCUGUGACACCCUGCAGGUGUACUCUGACGCUUGCCAGAGGUCAGGGGUCAAGAUCCAUGACUGGAGAAAUAUUGCGCAUUGUCCUCACCCCGCAUGCCCGGAAAACAGCCACUAUGAGUUCUGUGGCAAUGCAUGUCAGGCCACAUGUGAAGCUCCGGAUAUUCCUUCAAAAUGCAAAGCCAGCUGUUUGGAGACCUGUGUCUGUGACGAUGGCUUCCUGCUUAGUGGGACCAAGUGUGUCCCUAAAACUGAGUGUGGCUGCACGUUCGAGGGUCGCUACGUAGAGCCCGGUGCCUCCUUCUGGUUGGACAAUCACUGUAUGCAGAGGUGUUUCUGCAACCCGGCCAACAGGCAGAUGGAGUGCAACAAGAAGGGCUGUCGAGCCGAGUACGAGUGCAAGGUGGUGGAGGGCCUCAUAGGUUGCCAUCCAUUGACUUUUGCUACGUGCAAGGUGUCCGGUGACCCACACUACCAGACCUUUGAUGGCCAUGUUUACAGCUUCCAGGGCACGUGUGUGUAUCAGAUGGCAGGAUUGUGCUCUAAAGCCGCCACGCCUGGAUCCCCUGACCUGGAACCCUUUGAUGUCCUCGUGCAAAACGAUGGCCAUGCCAAGAGAGUGGGCUCCAGCACAAAGUUGGUUGAGGUCAACGUCUAUGGAUAUUCUAUUGUUCUCAGCAAAGACCACAGGGGUUCAGUCUUGAUCAAUUCAGAACUCACCAACCUGCCUGCCAAGCUCAAUCAAGGAAAUGUAACAGUCAAAUUAGUGAGUAGCUCUGCAGAGAUCGAAACUGAAUUUGGGCUGACGGUGUCCUAUGACUGGAGCACUGCAGUUUUUGUCAAAGUCCCUAGCAGCUACGCUAGCGCAAUGUGUGGCCUGUGUGGAAACUACAACAUGGACUCCAAAGACGAUCUGUUGAUGAAGAAUGGCAGCCAGGCUGCCUCCGCGGAGGAAAUGGGAAAGAGCUGGCGGGUUGCAGAGACCCCUGGCUGUGUUGAUGGGUGCAAAGACAAGAACCACUGUCCAGACUGUGAUUUCACCAAGAUAGAGAAGUUCGAGAGCAACACGUUCUGUGGCCUGAUCCGUGAUCCUAAAGGCCCCUUCCAAAAGUGUCAUGCCAUUGUGCCCCCUGGUGGCUUCUUUAAGGACUGCGUUGAUGACGUUUGCAACAACCGUGGUGACCGCCAGUCCUUCUGUGACAGCCUCCACCUCUAUACUAUCGCCUGCCAACAAGCAGCCAUUGAGGUGGACCCGUGGAGGACAACCGAUUUCUGUCCAAAGUCUGACUUCAAGCACCCCAACAACAGCCACUAUGAACACUGUGCCAGCGUAUGCCAUGUCAUUUGUGGCAUCGGGUCUCCUCCAACUGGCUGUAUGAAGCCUUGCCAGGAGGGAUGGGUGUGUAACCCUGGGUUCCUACUCAGCGGAGAUGUUUGUGUUCCCAUUGGAAAAUGCGGCUGUAGGCAAAAAGACAAAUACUACAAGCACGGACAGAUUUUCUAUCCACAUGGGCAAUGCCAGGAGGAGUGCACUUGCAACGGCACAGUGCAAUGUCACAAGUUUUCCUGCGGGCCCCAUGAAAAGUGUGAGGUGAAGAAUGGCGUUCGAUCGUGUCAGCCUGUUGGAGCAGGAGUCUGCUCCAUCUCUGGUGACCCUCAUUACAACACCUUUGACAAAAGCACCUAUGACUUCCAAGGCACGUGCACGUACACCGCAGCUGAAGCCUGCAAAUUGAAUGGCACAAAGCUCCCAUUCUUUUCUGUGGCUGUGGAGAAUGAGAGGUGGUAUGCCAUGUCCAGCAACCCACAAGUCUCUGUUGCCAAACUUUUGGCAGUUACCGUGUAUGGCAAUAUUCUGAUACUUCGUGAGAAUCAAAUUGGAAUGAUAAUGCUCAACGGUAUCCUGACCACUAUUCCGAUUAACCUCAACGAGAAACAAGUGCAGGUUUACCAAGAGGGUUCUUACUAUGUCAUCCUAACCGACUUCGGCCUGAGGGUGACCUAUGACAUGAUCUACCAUAUCACCGUCACCGUACCCGGCAACUACAGGGACCACACCUGCGGCCUGUGUGGUAACUUCAAUGACCAGAAAGCUGAUGAUUUACAGCUGCCAGACGGUAAAGUUACCAAAGACAUGCAGAGCUUCGGGGCUGCCUGGAAGGUGGCCGUGCCUGGAGUGGUGUGCGACGAUGGAUGCAGUGGGGACCUCUGUCCCAAGUGUGAUGAAAGCAAGAAGAAAGUGUUUGAGAAGGACUGUCAAGUCCUCACCGAUCCCAAAGGUCCCUUCGCUGCGUGCCACAAAGUCAUAGACCCUGCCUCCUACUUCAGAGACUGUGUCUAUGACGUCUGCAUGGUGAAUGGGGACAGGGCAGUGCUGUGUGACAGCAUCGGGGCCUACAUGAUGGACUGCCAGACCUUUGGUGUGACCAUUCUCAGCUGGAGGACACCUAAAUUCUGCCCGCUGGCAUGUUCUGAAAACAGCCACUACAAGAUCUGUGCUGAAACCUGUGACAUGCCAUGUCCCGGCCUUUCUGACGUCAUUUCCUGCCCUACUACCUGUGCUGAAGGCUGUGCUUGUGACGAUGGUCACUACUACAAUGGGACUGGUUGCAUUCCCUUGAAGGAAUGCAGUUGCUACUUGAAUGGGCGUACCUAUAAGAUUGGCGAGUCUGUGCUUAUUGACGACUGUCAGCAGCGAUGCACCUGUGCGAUGUCGGGCCGUGUCCAGUGCGUAGAUGUUCAAUGCGGAAGCGCAGAGAAGUGCGAGAUCCAAAAUGGCCUCCUGGGCUGCUUCCCUCGACGGUGUGUGUUGGAGAACGAAGGCUCCAUCACUCUGUUCAACGGGGACACCGGAACCAUCAAGCCUACAAUGGCAGCAUACGAGUUGGUGGAGCAUUGUGACCCCUCAGCCCCCGGGGAAUGGUUCCGGGUGGUGGCUAAACUCCAGGAAUGCAGCCUGACUGGCUCAAGGACUAUAGCCGCCCUCUACGUGUUCUUCAGUGACGUGAUGGUUGCCGUGACUGACAAGCAUGAGACCUGGGUAAAUGGACAAAAGGUGACUCUCCCGGCGCAGCUGAGAAAGGACAUCUCCAUUGACGCCGCAGGGAAAACACUACACCUUGAGAAGAAGGCAGGCUUCACUCUGUCCUACAGCUGGUCUCAGGGAGCAACGGUCACCAUGAGCAACGAGAUGGCGGGAAAAGUGUGUGGGGCAUGUGGACCGCUAUCCUCAAGCGAUUACCUGAUGAUCUCAGAGGAGAUGAUGCAGGAGUACAUGGCUCCGUUCAUUGCACAAGACUUCCCCACCUGCGGCCAGUGAACAAUCCCCAUGAAAGCAAUUCAACCAUAACAUGGAUUUGCUUUUUUUUGUUGCUUUAAAUGUAGAUCCCUUCAAAAUAAUUUCCAUGCAAUGCAUCACAACAAUGUAAAUCGUGUCCAAUUAUUUUUGAAAUAAAAUGUAAUUGGAAGGGAGAAUUUAGGUUUGGCCUUUUGUUCAAAUAAUGAAAUCUCCCUGAAGCAUUUCACUCAAGAAGAUCCUGCACACUUUGUCGAACCUAUAGGACAUUUUCUGGUAACACUUUAUAAUAAGGUGCCAUAAUAAAUAGCAAACUAG